AUGAAAGCAGUACGAUUUAAUCAAAAAGGUGACAUUAAAAAUUUAGUCGUAGAAGAUAUCGAAAAGCCAACUCCUAAGCAAGGUGAAUUAUUAGUUAAAGUUCAUGCCUCUGCCAUUAAUCCUGUAAAUAUUUUAUUUAAAAAUUCACCUUCUAUUCAUUUUCAAUUCACUAAGUUUCAACUCACCACCUUACCGCGCACUCCUGGAAGAGAUUUUGCAGGCAUAGUUGUCGAUGGUCCACCUGAAUGGUUGAAUAAGGAAGUAUUCGGAACUGGUGGAUACAGUGGAUUCACAUUUGAUGGAUCUCAUGCUGAAUAUGUUAUAGCAACUCCUGAAACUGUUGCUAUCAAACCUGAAAAUUUAUCUCUCAUUGAUGCUGCAUCAAUUGGUGUUGGAUUUUUAACAGCUUACCUUGCGUUAGAUACUGCAAAUGUUAAGGAAGGUGCACGUGGAGCAGUCGGUUCUGCCGCGGUCCAAAUAACAAAAUUUCUUAAAGCUAGACCAAUUGGCACAUUUACUAGUAAUCCACUUCCAGAAAUUGGUGCUGAUUUUGUUGAUACCUCAACUGAGGAUUUGAAAAAGAAAGUUCUUGAUUUGACGGAUCAAAAAGGUGUUGAUGUCGUAGUUGACACUGUUGGACACCCUGCACUAUUUGAAAAGGCAUUCUUAUCAUUGAAAGUUCGUGGAAGAUAUGUUGUAAUGACAGUUGGACGUUCAGAUAACAAAUACAUCUCAUUUGAUGGACUCGAUUUUUAUCGUCGAGAACUUCGUCUUUUUGGACUUAACACAUUAAACUAUACUAGGGAAGAUGCAGUUAGAGUAUUUAAUAUAUUGAAACCAGGAUUUGAAAG